CUUAUUCAAACUUCUCUGAGAAAAUUCGAGUUAACUGUUUGUUUUAAACAUUCUGAUAUGGGUUACUCUAGAGCUAAACGUGUCACUGAUCCACUCGCCGACGAGGUUAGGGCUCGUCUCGUUGGAUGUAGCUUUAGCAGCGGCAGCGAACAUACCGGCGACGGAAUCGAAGACUACGAAGACGACGACUCACCUUGUCUCUCCGAUCUCGUACAAGGCUUCUUGGAAGAUGAAGUUGAGACCGUUGUUGAUGAGUCACGCUGGUGUGAUCAAGACUCCGGUUCCGACUCGGAUUCUGACUCGGAACUAGUCGAGCUCCCUGACUUUGCCGACGAUAUUGCCAAACUUCUGAGGAACUCUCUCAGGGAAGAUUCAUACGGACGAACGGUGCUGGUACACGUGGCGAGAGCGAUGGAAGUGUUGUCGUCUCUUGAAUCUCAGCACGAACAACGUGCCGUUUUCCAGCGUAAGGUCAUGUCUCUUCUUAGAGAACUCGGCCACAAUGCGGCCAUCUGCAAAACUAAAUGGAAAUCCUCCGGCGGACUCACCGCCGGAAACCACGAGUUCAUUGACGUCAUGCAUACACCUUCCGCCUCGUCUCAGCCCGUCCGUUACAUCGUCGAUUUAGAUUUCGCGUCGCGGUUUCAAAUCGCGAGGCCAACUUCACAGUACGCGCGUGUGCUUCAAUCGCUUCCGGCGGUUUUCGUCGGAAGAGGGGACGAUCUGAAGCGGAUCUUGCGGCUCGCAUGUGACGCGGCGAGGAUUUCUCUUAGAAACCGCGGCCUCACGCUACCGCCGUGGAGGAAGAAUCGUUAUAUGCAAACGCGGUGGCUUGGUCCUUACAAACGCACAACCAACUUAACGCCGUCAUCUACCGCCGUUAACACCGUCAUGUGUCGUGCCAUCGGUUUCGAUAAUGUCGUCGGUGGCCGUCUAUUUGUGCGAACACGAUAACACCAGACCAAAAAGGCCACGUGUCAUUUUAACUCGAUUUUUUCUAAAUACAUUCUAGAGAAUAAU